ACAGCUCACAGUCGUUCUGAGAGCGCCCCACCAAUGAGCUGCUGAAGAGCCCCCGCGACUCCGACUCAGAUCUGCUGGGGUGGGGAGUCAGCAAGUUUUGGAUUGUGGAUCUGGAAAACCAUGGGAUUCGAGUUGGACCGCUUCAAGGGGACCGUGGACCCGGAUUUCACAUGCAAUCUGUGUAACAAAGUCCUGCAGGACCCGCUGACGACGCCGUGCGGUCACGUCUUCUGCUCCGGCUGCGUGUUGCCCUGGGUCGUCCAGCAGAGCAGCUGCCCAGUCAGAUGUCAGCGGAUCUCCGCCAAGGAGCUCAAUCACGUACUGCCUCUUAAGAACCUCAUCCUGAAGCUGGAGAUCAAAUGUGACAACCACGCGAGGGGCUGCGACGCGGUGGUGAAGCUCCAGCAUCUGGCCGAGCAUGCCGAGAUCUGCGACUACUCCCCGGCGAAGUGCAGGAAUAGAGGAUGCAGAGAGGUGCUCGACCUGAGGGAUAUGGAUGAGCAUAUGCGGGAGACGUGUGACUACAGGCCGGCGGGGAUCUGCGAGAGCGGCUGCGGUUUGACGCUCACCCAUAGGGAGCAGAACUCGAACAGCCACUGCUGCGUGAGAGCUCUGAGGGCACACAACAGUGCGCUGCAGAGCAAAAUCAUCAGCCUGGAUCGAGAGUUCAAGAAACAGACUAUCAAAGCCAACAAGAGGGAGAAGACACUCUUGGCACAACUUUCAGCAGUGCACAGCGAACUUCAGGUGACAGCUCUGCAGUACCAGAAGAAAUUCACGGAGUACAGUGAGAGGAUCGAAUCCCUCACUAAGACCGUGGCUUUUUCUUGCAAGGAAGGAGACACUAAAAGCUUGACUGUUGUCCUUCUCCGUGAGGGCGGAUCUCUUGGUUUUAACAUCAUUGGAGGAAGGCCAAGCACGGAUGACAAUGACAGCACUUCAAAUGAAGGGAUUUUCGUAUCCAAGAUCGUUGCAGAAGGUCCAGCAGACAAGGAAGGAGGUCUUCAGAUACACGACAGAAUCAUUGAGGUCAAUGGCAAGGAUCUCUCCAAGUCCACCCAUGAUCAGGCAGUUGAGACCUUCUGCACCGCGAAGGAGCCCGUUGUGGUCCAGGUUCUGCGCCGGACCCCAAGCGGCAAACUGGUCAGCCAGGCUGAUGAUUCCCAGAUCUUAGACGUCAGCACUCAGACCGACAUCACCCUGCAGCACAUAGUGGCCCUUACAAACCUACCUUCGUCACUCCCGAUGACAGAGCUGGAUGAAUUCCUUCUUCCAGAGGAGCAUCCUCCAGGACACGAGUACUUUGAUUCAAAUGACUUCCUCGAGGUCAUGCAGCAGGACAUAGAGCGAGAGGAGCUGGAAUAUGAGGAAGUUCAUCUGUACAGAGCAAACAUCCAGGACAAGCUUGGUCUGACUAUCUGUUACAGGACUGAUGAUGAGGACGAGACUGGAAUCUACAUCAGUGAGAUUGAUCCAAACAGCAUUGCUGCAAAGGAUGGUAGAAUUAGAGAAGGGGACAAAAUCAUUCAGAUCAAUGGUGUUGAGAUCCAAAACCGGGAGGGUGCUGUAGCACUGCUGACCAGUGAGGGGAGCCAGAAUAUCUUUUUGCUGGUGGCCAGGCCAGAGACCCAGCUGGAUGAGGGCUGGAUGGAUGACGACAGGAAUGACUUCCUGGAUGACCUCCAUAUGGAUAUGCUUGAGCAGCAGCACCAUCAGGCCAUGCAGUUUACGGCAAGCAUUUUGCAGCAGAAAAAGCAAGAAGAGGAAGAAGGCAGCACAGACACAGCCACUCUGCUGUCCAACCACCACGAGAAGGACAGUGGUCUUGGUCGCACAGAUGAGAGUACGCGAAAUGAUGAGAGCUCAGAGCAGGAAAACCUGGGCGAUGACCAGACCACGGCGUCCAACACACUCGGUAGCUCAGGAAAGCUGACAUACAGCCAGGACACUCUAGGCAGCGCUGACCUACCCUUAAGCUGUGAAUCGUUCAUCUCUCCAGACUACACUGACACCGACCUCCUUGGAAUAACAGCUGAUGAGUGUGAGCGUUUCAGAGAACUCCUGGAGCUGAAAUGCCAGAUGAGGAACACUAGAGCUCCAUACGGCCAGACUGAUGGCGUUGCAGUUGCCAAGGAACAAGAAAGUGUGGACAAAGAACUGGAGCUGCUGAAUGAGGAGCUGCGCAUCAUCGAACUGGAGUGCCUGAAUAUUGUCCGUGCUCACAAAAUGCAACUGCUGAGAGAGCAGUGCCACGAGUCCUGGAUGCUUCACAACAGCGGUUUCCGCAACUACAAUACCAGCAUUGACGCACGUCGACACGAGCUUUCAGACAUUACAGAGCUGCCGGAGAAAUCAGACAAAGACAGUUCCAGUGCUUACAACACUGGCGAGAGCUGCCGCAGUACGCCGCUGACAUUGGAGCUGUCACCAGACAACUCGCUACAUCGAGGAGCGGGGACUCAGGGUCCAGCUGGGGCGUCGGGCUCCACCGGCUCCACCGGCUCCACCGGCUCCAACAGCGGGGUGCUCAAACCUCUCCUGUCCCCUCUUCAGGAAGCCUCUGGCCCUAGCAGGAGCAGAGAUUCCUCCAAGGAUUCAGAUGGAGCACUGCAGGCAGAGAGUGGGGAGAGGAAACAUGCAGAGUCCAGUAAGCCAAGGCAAAACUUCUCUCAGCCACAUUCACUUUACAAGCACGCCCACAUCCCUGCCCAUGCCCAGCACUAUCAGAGCUACAUGCAGUUGAUCCAGCAGAAAUCAGCCGUGGAGUAUGCCCAGAGCCAGUUGAGUCUGGUCAGCAUAUGCCGCGACUCCAUCAUCCCAAGUGACUUGGACCCUAAAAUGGAAUGGAAGGUGAAGGUCCGCAGCGAUGGCACGCGCUACAUCACCAAACGACCUGUCCGGGACAAGUUGCUCCGAGAGCGUGCGCUGCGCAUUCAUGAAGAGCGCAGUGGUUUGACCACAGAUGAUGACGCUAUAAGUGAGCUCAAGAUGGGCCGCUACUGGAGCAAGGAGGAAAGGAAGCAACAUGCAGUUCGCGCCAAACAGCAGAGACAACGCCGCGAGUUCAUGAAACAGAGCCGGGCGGAUUGUCUAAAGGAGACACAAGGUCUGGAGGAAAAAAAGGAGCCCAACAUCAUUGAACUCAGCCACAAAAAGUUGAUGAAAAAGAGGAAUAAGAAAAUAUUUGACAACUGGAUGACCAUCCAGGAACUGCUGACCCAUGGUACGAAGUCACCAGAUGGUACAAGGUCUUACAACUCGCUCCUGUCUGUGACCACCGUGUAAGUCCUGGUGUGAGUUUAGAAGGAAGACCAGUCAGAGGAGGAAGUACUGGAGUGUGAUUUACCAGAGGCACUUCAAUUUCAGGUAGCCUAUACUGCCUUGUUCAAUGUGGCAACGUUUUUCUGGACAAUCGUUUUCCACCACUUUGGUGAAAAGAAGGUCCUUCAGAUGAUCGUUGAACGUGAAAUGACUUGGUCACUGCUCUGGGAAUAUGUUCCAAAACCUGUUUUCAAUUUUGUUCAAUAACUUUUUCUACAUUUGUACUUAUCUGUCAAAUAAUUUCUGAAACAAAAACACAAUAUUCCCCCUAAAAAUUAAGCAUUUCCAUUACUUUACAUGUUUUUUUGUACUAUAUAACUUUUCUCAGUUAUGCUGCUUUCAUGGAAACAGUACUAUUUUCCUACAAGGUAUAACACAUAAUGCUUUUGAAAAGGACAUUUGUAAGUUACAAAACACUUUUUGCAGUUGUCUUACAGUUAUAUUUUCAGUCAUUUACCAUCUUUUGCGAAUUUCAGUAAAGAUGUAUGGUUAUGUUAUUGUUUAUGUACAUAACAUUAGAGAAGGAUGUUUAUCACUUUGAAAUAUUAGAAUAUGUGCUUAUUGAAGCAAAUCUUGUAGCCUUUUCCCUUUCUUAUGGUGUAUUGUAUUGAACAGAAUAAAAGCUUUACAAAUCCCUAGUUAGCCAAACGAUUUGAGGUAUUGUAAAAUGCAAGAAAUAAUAAAUUAUUGUUUAAUAUAUUUA